GCAUAUAGAGGAGACAGGGUUGGAUACGCACGCAUGGCUUCGCACACACCGUUUGGGGCUCUGUGUCUUCCGCUUGCACCAGGAGUAACCAGUCUGUUUUUGUUGUCAAAGAGCUUAAGUUGCUUUAUUAAAUUGCGUUACUACACUUACUCUCUUAUUUUUAAAUAUCCAUUUUCCACCUCUGAGUAUAAACAUCUUCAUUUUUUAUCUCAUUACCGGGAAGUAAAUUAAAUUCAUUUGAAAUAAACCGCCACUUUUUAAAUUCGAAAUGCGUCGAACUGAAGUGACUUGAAUGUUAACUCAUUUUAUUUUCAUAGUAAUAAAAAUAUAAUAAUGUCAAGUUUAAUUUAUAAUGUAUGACAAUAUUGUUAAAUGUUGUUAAUUUAUUAUUUAAUGUGUUAACAUAGUUAGAAAGUGUGAAUAAAUGUGUAAUUGAGUUGUCUGUUGUUCAAGAUUUAUUAAUAAUUAUGAUAAUAAUUAUGAGCAGAGUUAAUGGUUUGAUAUGUUUAAUGUUGGGGGUAAUUGUUGUGGGUGUAAAUAGUGAGCAGAGAUUUAUCGAAACUCCACCGAGUUAUCAAGAGGUAUCGAGUGGAGAAGAUGUUAAGUUGGUUUGCAAGGUGCAGGAUAAAAAGGGCCAGUGUAUUUGGCAAAAAGAUCGUAAGCCAGUUGGCAUGCAUCCUGACAAAUAUGAGUGGGCUAAUGGACGUGGUGGUGGUGGUAAUGGUGAUGCUGAUUGCACACUUCUUAUCAGACGUGCAUCACUUGAUUUUGAUGAUGGAUUAUGGGAAUGCCAGGUGACACCUGGUGAUUUCACACGACAGGAUGCAUUAACGUCUUUACCUUCACGACUUCUUGUUAGAGUAAAACCAAGAAAACCGAGUUUAGAAUAUGGUGGCACAAUCUUGACAGGAGCGCUUACGCUAAGAGAAGGUCAGGAGGUCACAAUUUCCUGUGUAUCUCGUUAUGGCAAUCCACCAGCACUUAUUAAAUGGUUUAUCGGAGGAGAUGAAGUAGAACCACUUAGGGAACAAACCAACGCUACGGAAGUAGACAGCCCUAAAACUUGGGCUGCGCACAGUUUAAUGAGGGUAAAAGGCGAUAGAGAAAAUCAUGGUCUUCCUGUAAGAUGUCUCAGUUUACAUUCAUCGAGUCCACUACCUGCUAUUGCUGAAUGUCGACUUGAUAUUCAUUAUGCACCGGAAGUUCAUAUUGAAACUAGUCCACGUUUAUUGACAUCAGCGCUAGAAGAUUCAGCUAGUUUUAUGAGCAUUAAAUGUCUGGCUGACGCAAAUCCACCAGCGGCAAUUAGAUGGUACAGAGAUUCGAUCGCAUUAACGCGAAGUAAUUCUAUUGAAUCGAUUGGUCAAAAUUUAACCCACCGUAAUGGUACAAUGAGCGGUUCGGAGAUACGCUUUGAACCGGUAAAACAAACGGACGCUGGACUUUAUACAUGCAGAGGGAUUAAUGUCAUUGGAGAAAGUUCACCUGCUAAUUAUCGACUUGAUGUUCAAUAUGGACCACGAAUGAGGAUAAACGGUAGAACAAAUAAUACUGCAGGAGAAAUAGAAGUAACAGCAAUGUUAGCAUCAACUGUUGAUCCGUUCGAGUGCGAUGAUUUUGAUGCCAACCCACCGGCACGAUAUCGUUGGGUUCAUUUGAGAGGCGGUGUACCGCAGACUAUCGACAAUUCGGUGCAUGGAGAAACAGGUUCGCGGAGACUCAGUUUGAAAAAUGUUAUUUGGAGCAAUGAAGGAGAAUAUCGCUGUGUUGCUUUCAAUAUUAUAAAUGGGGUAAGAAGAGAAAUGUCCAGUGAUACAAGAUUUAUUUUACACGUAUCUGGACCACCGGAAAUACAAACACGGUCUUAUAGUAAUGACAAUAAUAUCGAUCGCUUGAGUGAUGAUAUGAGUAUCGAUGAAUCGAUUGGGUGGGUUGGUGAUCCGUUUCAUAUUUUAAAAUCGAGAUUUUGUUCGAGACCGCCGCCUAGAUUGAUUGCUUGGCAAUGGGGUAGUUCACAUAUACGAUCAGGUGAAAGUAUUGAGCCAAAAUAUGAAGCAUUGCCUCUAGAACCAAUAAAAGAAAAUAAUGAAACAACAAACUGUUAUUAUGCAAAAUUAGAAAUACGCGAUUUACAAAAAGAAGAUUCGCGUGUUUAUAAUUUAAUGAUUGAAAGCGAAAAAGGGCGAGAUACAACAAGUUUGAAACUUACUGUACGGGAUCCAAUGGAGAUAAAAAUAAUAGCUAUUGCCGGUGGUAUUGGUUUGCUAUUACUGUUUUUAAUAAUUGGAUUGGUAUUUUAUUCGAUACUGAAAGCAAGACACCGAAGAUACCAAAAGAAAAAGGCAGAAGAAGAAGAGGAAGGAAGCAUUGCUGCCGAUGCGUUUUACACCACAACACCUUCAAUAAAUAGACAAAAAACAACAGCUUCGCCGGCUAGCAAAGUUUACGUGAGAAAAAGUCCUUCCGAAGGCGGACUCGCUGUUAUGUAUGAUUAUAAUCAAAUUGUUAAACAUUCUAGGACAUUAAGUCCUGAAGCUUUGAAAGUAAGAAGAGCUCCUGCUGUUCUUCAGCCACCUACUAUCGUUUAAUUAGUACAAUAAUAAUUAUUAUUAACUAUUAAAAAUACAGUAAUUUUAUGUACUUACAUAUGAAUUUUUCAUCUUAAAAAUUAUUUAUUUUUGCACAUUAAUUGUUGUGCGCUAUAUAUACUAGAAUUAAUUUUAUUAUUGUGUGAAAUGUUAACAGUGAUUUUAAAAAUAUGAUUGUGUUAUGCUUCCAUAUAAAUAACAUUAUUAAUUAAAAAUCCUAGAGUUUAGAAAUAAAUUAAA